GGGUUUGCGAUUCAUUGCUGGGGUAUUCCAUCUCCCCACAGCGGUCCUCUAUGGCUCCUUGUCGUUUUUUUCCUUUCCGUCCUGCACAAUGUUUUCCUUUUGUAUUAUGUGGACACUUUUGUUUCGGUUUACAAGAUCGACAAGUUGUCUUUCUGGAUUGGAGAGACUGUAUUUUUAAUAUGGAACAGCUUGAACGACCCCCUGUUUGGAUGGUUAAGUGACCACAUCUUUCUGAGCACAAAACAGUCCAAUGUAGAUAUCUCAACUCCUGAUGUGGUGCUGAAGAGGCUCAGGGCUUUGGGAAGAAAUGGACCAUUGUUUGCACUCUCAUUCCUGGCUUUCUGGGUGUCUUGGGCCCAUCCUGGUUUACAGUUCCUCAUUUGUCUCUGCCUGUAUGACAGCUUCCUCACUAUGGUCGAUCUCAACCACAAUGCCUUGUUGGCAGACCUAGCUGUCUCAGCUGUGGAGAGGACUAAACUGAACUUCCAUUGUUCUCUGUUUAGUGCUGUUGGUUCUCUGUCAGUUUUUGCAUCUUAUACUGUGUGGAAUAAGGAAGACUUUUUCUCAUUCCGAAUAUUUUGUGUGAUCUUGGCAGCUGUUUCUGCCCUUGGAUUUACAGUGUCAACAUGGCUGCUUAGACAGCGCUUCCAGACAGGAGGUAGUACUGUCAGUGACCGGGAUAUACUGAAAGACUACAGACUGUAUGUGGAGGAAUCCUCGGUUUCCCCUGAGAAAAAGAUAACCCUUCUGGAAUACCUCAGACAGCUGUCCAGACAUCGCAACUUCCUUUGGUUUGUCUGUAUGAAUCUGGUGCAGGUUUUUCACUGUCACUUUAACAGUAAUUUCUUCCCCCUCUUCCUGGAGCAUUUAUUGUCUGACAGAAUCUCAGUUUCUACUGGAUCUUUUUUGCUAGGUAUUUCUUACAUAGCACCACAUCUAAACAAUAUGUACUUCCUCUCGCUGUGUCAGAAGCAUGGCGUCUACAGUGUUGUGAGGUGGCUCUUCAUCAUCAAGCUGGUUCUCAGUGCUCUGAUGCUUCUUGCUGGGCCUGACCAGAUAUAUCUACUCUGUAUAUUCAUAGCCAGCAAUCGUGUUUUCACUGAAGGAACAUGUAAGCUGCUGAACCUAGUCAUCACAGACCUGGUGGAUGAAGACUUUGUGCUAAAUCGCAGGAAACAGGCCGCCUCGGCAUUGAUGUUUGGCAUGGUGGCUUUGGUUACUAAACCUGGCCAAACGUUUGCCCCUCUCGUUGGCACGUGGUUACUGUGUGUCUAUACAGGAUAUGACAUCUUUCAGCGGGAUGCUAUGAAUAAUAUCAGUACCGAGCCACAGAUGGAUUCCAGCCAAGUGCUGACCACCACUCUGCGCCAAGGAUGCUUCUAUCUCCUAGUAUUCAUCCCAAUUACAUGUGCUCUGCUGCAGCUCUUCACCUGGUCACACUUCACUCUACAUGGAAAACGGCUCAUCACCGUGAAGACUUAUCGCCAGGCUCAAAAUGAUAUCCCUCCAGAUGUAAAAACUAUAUGA